AUGGAUGGAGGCGUGUGGUUCAUGUUAUUGGGUGUGUUACUGGUAAUGACCGAUUUGAGUCAGUCCGUCCCAAAAGAAGCGCUUCUAGAGCAGAGCAAACACUUUCGGGAAUCACCUGAUGACUCGGACGACAAUAUGAUAGAAAAUCAUGUGAUCACUGAAGGGCAGAUGGAGGAUCUAUUGGAAGAUCGUCUUCUGUUAGAAGUGUUGCAAUCUUUACUACACAGCUCUCAGAGAUAUGAACGCAACCCUUCAGUGCUGCAUCAGCCUCAGCGGUUUGGUCGAGGUGCUCGCAGUGGUCUGUCAGCAGAGGAGUGGAUACAGUCUCGAGACUGGGAAACAGUUCCCGGGCAGAUCUGGAGCAUGGCUGUGCCACAAAGAUUUGGCAAAAAAUAACACCAAACUUCAUUAAAGCUUCAGUAAUAAAGUAUUCAAAAAUCGUACAUAAUUCUACAUUCCAGUAGAAUCAGUCAGCUGAUUUUUUUUUUCAUUUCAUCAACUGUACCAAAACCUUCUCUAGUAAAAAUAAUAAGACUCUUUACUGAUGAUGUUUAACUAGAUCUAUAUGAGCGAGUAUGAAAGCAUGUUGUGAUUUCUUCAUCUAUUACACCUCAUGUACACCUCGCAUGUGUUGUCUGUUGUUCUUCAUACACUGUAACCAAUAAGUUUUUUAGUUUGCAACUUUAGCUUGCUCAAAUUUUUCAUCAUGAAUGUGUCAAGAUUGUUUAUCUAAAUGAUGGUUGAAAAGCUUAGUUGCCUUCUCUAAAAUGAAGAAGUUGUUGUAAA